AUGGAGCCGGACAAUGCGCCGUACUCCGAACUCAAAGGCACCGGAGUCGGGGGGAGAAUUCUGAUUCUUUGGACUAUACUCUGUUGCACCUGCUCUCUACGGCUAGCACAAGCGCAAGAUGUGGAUGUUCUGCAGCAGCUCGGGCUCUACGGGCGAAGAACGGGCGUGUCGUCAUCUUCGGCGGCUCGCAAUAUCCCCAAUGGCAUCAUCCCCUUCAAGUCUGGAGUUAUCCUCACCCCGAGGGCCCGCAUCCAGGCGCCUCUGCACACUGUCAUCCCCGCUUCCUACAGCGCCACCAACCUCUCCCUGAUCCUCAGCCUGUCGGUUCAUCGGGUCAACGGCGCCUACCUUUUCUCGGUUCUGUCGAAGAAAAGGAAAGUGCAGCUCGGAGUGCAGUUCGUACAGGGACAGGUCCUGGUGCGCGUGGGGCAGAGGAGCUCCGUGCACUUCGACUACGACGUCCACGAUGGCCAGUGGCACAGUCUGGCUUUGGACAUCCAAGGCCGCCACGUGUCCUUGCACACUUCUUGCGGAAAGAGGAUCGCACGUGCGGAUUUGCGUUCAAAAAAAGAGGAGGCUCUGGAUGCGGAGGGCUCGUUCCUGCUGGGCAAAAUGAACCACAACUCGGUGCCGUUCGAAGGGGCCAUCUGUCAGUUUGACAUUUAUCCCUCUGCUAAGGCAGCUCAAAACUAUUGUGAUUACAUUAAGAAACAAUGCAGAGAAGCCGACACGUAUCGGCCCGUGUUUCCACCGCUGCUACCUCUAACUUCCACGGACCCAAACAUCACUGUCCCUCAUAAAACUCAACUGUCAUUGGCGGAGGUAUCCGAAAAGGCUGACCGUUCGUCAGCGGCGAACAAAGCGUCCGUGCAUCGGACCGUGAGCACGGCAAAACCCGGUGCCGUGUUUGUUUCUCCGCUGGUUCUCCUAGGGUUGGAAAGUCCGUUCGAUUUUCCGAGGAAACAUAUCAGCGUGACGCCACCGAGCCCCAAACCCACUUCCCAUGGCGGUGACGUAAGGAACGCGAAGCGAGGAGAUACUGAUGCUCAAAAACCAUCCGCCGAAAGGAUGGAUUUACCUGCUUCCGCCCGACCGUCCGAGCUGCCGCCAGACCUCUACGCCACAGCCGCUCCAAUGCAGGGCUCCACCCCAAACCCCCAUCUUCACUGGGAAGACCUGUCGACCACAGAAGCUCCAGAGACACCUGAGCCAAAAGCGACCGGUGUGCAGCAAGGCAAACCCACCUCUCUUACUCCAGUCAUCACGGCUGCAACAGAUGGCCUCCAAAUAUACCUCCUGGAACCGACCCAGUUCUCACUGCUGGAUGGAUCACCUGGACUAAAGGGAGAACCAGGACCGUCGGGCCUUCAAGGACUUCCAGGGUUGCCAGGAAAGCCGGGGAAGAGGGGUCCAAGGUCCUCCGUUGCCAUGUCGGCCGACAUCUGCGAGCUGCCGAUGGAACACAAAGGAGGAGAGCCUGGCGCCCCGGGCCCCCCUGGACUGUACGGCCAUGAUGGACAGAAGGGACACGCCGGUCAUCCCGGUCCUUCUGCUCUCCCGGGUGAACCUGGUGAACGGGGAGAUGAUGGGAGCCCCGGGGCCAAAGGCUAUCCUGGCAGGCAGGGUUUACCCGGGCCCGUGGGCAAAAUGGGGCCGAAAGGAGACGCGGGUCACAUAGGCAUCCUCGGGCGUUUCGGCCUUCCCGGUCCUGAUGGCGAGAGAGGAAUUCCCGGCGUUCAUGGGAAGAAGGGCAAGAUGGGUAGGCCGGGGUUCUCCGGUGACUUUGGAGAGAGAGGACCUCCCGGCCCCGACGGGGACCCAGGUGAGCUGGGGUCUCCUGGCCCGCGUGGAGUCCCUGGUCUUAUUGGAGACAUGGGCUCUGCUGGCUUCAUGGGCUCACCAGGAAUCCCAGGACUCAAGGGAGUACCUGGAAACCCAGGGGACCCAGGACUGAAAGGUGAUAAGGGGGAUGUUGGCUUAUCGGGGGAGCCGGGGGAGUGUGGAUUCCAAGGGGACAAGGGUAUGCGUGGCUCGCCCGGGCUGCCGGGUCCCUGUGGAACACCUGGACCGCAGGGCAAACCUGGUGAAAAGGGCCCUGAUGGUUCACCUGGUCCUCCUGGCCUCGAGGGUUUUCCGGGUGACAUCGGCCCGCCGGGACAAAAUGGCCCCGAAGGACCCAAAGGAAAGCAAGGGAUCAGAGGUGUGCCGGGUCCAAGAGGAACACUCGGGCUUCAGGGUGACGAGGGACCGGUCGGGCCCGCUGGACUCGCUGGACUCGAGGGCAGGCCUGGGAGGCAGGGAUUCCCUGGACUGACGGGCCCAGAUGGACUCAAGGGCGAGACCGGGACAACCGGCGAGGUUGGAAAAGUUGGCGAGAGGGGAACGCCCGGCUUCGUCGGGCUCGUCGGGGAGACCGGCGUCGCGGGCGAAAAGGGGGAUCGAGGCAAAACAGGUGGCCCGGGGCCGCCAGGUGAAACGGGGCCGAUGGGGCCUCCCGGUUCUCUGGGGUCCGUCGGCAUCAGAGGACCCAAAGGCAGGAGGGGUCCUCUGGGCCCCGAUGGCCCCGUGGGGGUGAAAGGGUCCUCUGGAGUACAGGGCCCGGAUGGUCCACCAGGAAAAUUGGGCCUCCACGGGGACACGGGGAAGCUCGGCGAGCCAGGUGAAGCGGGGCCAACGGGGUUCCCGGGCGUUCAAGGACCCUCUGGACCUCCGGGGGCCAAAGGAAUUGCAGGAGAGCCAGGACCAGCGGGGCCACUGGGAACGCCCGGGCCACUGGGGGCGAUGGGGCCGUGGGGGCCUCUGGGGAGGGCUGGAGAGAGAGGACUGCCUGGUGAACUGGGAGAGAAGGGGGACAUCGGUCUACCCGGCAACAACGGGGAGCAGGGUUUGAUUGGCCAGAGGGGUGAGCCAGGCAUUGAUGGGGAGGCUGGACUAAGUGGACCUGAUGGAGCCAAGGGUGACAAGGGGGACGCCGGCCAAGAAGCCACUGAAGGAGACAGGGGUGAAGUCGGCCUGCGAGGGAAGGAAGGACCCUCUGGGCCUCCCGGAUUGGUCGGCGUCAGGGGUCAGGAAGGUAAACCUGGCAUUCUUGGUGAAAGAGGAAAACCAGGAGAAAAGGGGAGCAAGGGUCAACAAGGUCACCUGGGUGAACCGGGGCCGACCGGUGAGCAGGGAGAGGCGGGGUUUGUCGGACAGAAGGGAGCGAGAGGGACCAUCGGGCCGGCGGGUGCUCCAGGGAGAAUGGGCCAACACGGAGACCCCGGCAUAUCAGGUUACCAGGGUCACAUGGGACCGCAGGGCCCCCUCGGACCUCCUGGGCCAAAAGGUGAAAAGGGGGAGCAGGGAGAUGACAGCAAGGUCGAAGGUCCCGCGGGUCCCCGAGGUGGCGGAGGUCCCCCUGGAAACCGAGGAGAGAGAGGAGAGCCGGGCGAUCACGGACACAUUGGUCAAAUAGGCGUCGAUGGAAAGAGAGGUGAAGCUGGUGCCUUGGGGCUUCCUGGACACCCCGGGCCAAAGGGACAACCGGGGCUGAGAGGAUCCAAAGGUGACCAAGGUCAGAAAGGAAAAUCAGGGGCGAGCGGCGCACAUGGGACCAAAGGACAACCAGGUCCAGAGGGUCUUCUCGGCCCACGGGGCGUCGUGGGCAGGGAGGGACUCGAGGGCCCCUCUGGCGUGGACGGACCGCCCGGUAACGAUGGAACUAAAGGAGUCACGGGGGAGCAAGGAGAAGACGCAGAAGUGGGCUUACCUGGCAAACCGGGGCAGCAGGGCACAGCCGGUGAGACGGGGCUUCCUGGAAGUCAAGGCUCCUUUGGACCAAAGGGUGAGAGGGGUCUUCUGGGCCAAACUGGUGCUUCGGGGAAAAAAGGCUCCGUUGGCGGGAUGGGAUUUCCAGGAAAACAAGGGGAGCAAGGACCUGAAGGGCAACCGGGCGCGACCGGUGAACAAGGAUUCCCGGGGGUGUUGGGUCUCUUUGGGCCGAAGGGACCCCUGGGAGACGUGGGCCCAGCAGGGAUACAAGGACCCAAAGGACCACGCGGUUUGCUGGGUAUGGAGGGAGCUCUGGGCCCCGUUGGCAUCAUUGGCCCCAGCGGUCAUCCCGGACCCAAGGGUGACAAAGGAAGUCGGGGGGAGACGGGGUUGCAAGGACCAAGGGGAUUCCUCGGCCCCCGUGGACCUCCUGGACCACCAGGUCUUCCCAGUUCCUCUCUCUCACUUAGGAGCGAGGCUCUUGGUGCCGCCUUCCAAGUCAUCAUGGACUCCCAUGCUGCCCUGAGGCCCGAGAACUAUCCGAGCAUGGACCUGCUCACGUCGGACCAGGGCACUGAGAUCUUCAAGACCUUGCAGCAUCUCAGCACUCUGAUCCAGAGUCUGAAGAACCCGCUGGGGAACCGGGACAACCCGGCGCGGAUCUGCCGGGACCUCCAGAGCUGCGAGCAGAGGAUGUACGAUGGCACUUACUGGAUCGAUCCAAACCUCGGCUGCGCGGCCGACACCAUUGAGGUGAUGUGCAACUUCACUGCUGGUGCACAGACUUGCUUGAAACCCAUCUCAGUAUCUCAGUUGGAGACGGGAGUGGGUCGUAUCCAGAUGAACUUCAUCCACCUUUUGAGCACCGAGGCCGUGCAGCACAUCACCAUCCACUGCCUCAACGCCCCUGUGUGGGCAGCAGGACCCUCCCUGCAGCCGUCGUCCAGGGCUCUGAGCUUCAAGGCCUGGACGGGGGAGGUGAUCCAGGCCGGCGACCUCCUGGAGCCGCUCAUCCCCCGGGACGACUGCUGGAUCAAAGAUGGCCGCUGGCACCAGACCCACUUCAUCUUCCAGACCCAGGACCCAAACUUACUCCCCAUCGUGGACGUGUACAACCUACCGACCAGAGAACGUUCCGCGCGCUUUCACCUCGAGGUUGGACCCGUGUGCUUCCUGUAGGCCCCUGUGGAGGGGCCCCCCGGGAGUACUCGCCGUGGAGGGAGGUGGACGGGGGUAACUGAUGCUUCUGUUGUUU